GAGAGAGAGAGUUUCAGAGAGAGAAGGGGAGGUUGGUUUUUUCUUUGUUGUUGGUUGCUACACAGAUCCCAAGCAAAGCUGAGGGAUGUAGAAGAGAAUGUUAUCCAUCCAAGCAUUUCAUUUCUAUCCUUUUUUCUUUAAUUUUUUUGUUGCAUAUAUGUUGUAUGUGUGUGUAGUGUUAAAUGUGUGUGGGUCAAGGGCAAGAGAGUAAUAAGCUGCAGCUCAUUCCUUUUGCUUACUUUAAAGCCAAGCUCAAACUCAAAACCUCACCCCCUCACUUCUCCACUUCACUUCUUCUUCCUCCUCCUCUUCCACUCCUCGGAUCAAUCCACCAUUCUUCUUGAUCGAUCGAUCCAUCCAUCCAUAGCUCCAAUCCAAUCGCGGCAAUGGCGGGAGUUGCCUCUGCAGUGAUUGGUUGAUCGAUCUGUCGCAGCCCACCGCCAUUGACACUGACACGAUCGAUCUCCAGCUCGUUUGUUUCUUGAUUUGAUUAGCCUCAGUUUGUUUGCACGAUGACGAACAGCAACAAUGGCAAUGGCGGCACGAACGCGGCGGCGAGUGGAUGGCUGGGCUUCUCGCUGUCGCCUCACAUGGCCUCCUCCACCAUGGACGAACACCACCACGUGCACCACCACCAACAGCAACAGCAGCAGCAGCAGCAGCAGCAGCAUCACCAGCAGCAGCAACAUGGUUUGUUCUUCCCUUCGGUGACCACCGCCGCCGCCGCCGCCGCGUAUGGGCUCGCCGGCGACGUCGUGGCCGCCACCAAUGGGUACUACUCCCAGCUCGCCUCCAUGCCGCUCAAGUCCGACGGCUCGCUCUGCAUCAUGGAGGCUCUCCGGAGAACCGAUCAAGAUCAUCACGGGCCCAAGCUUGAGGACUUCCUCGGCGCGGCGCAGCCGGCGAUGGCGCUGAGCCUGGACAACACCUCCAGCUUCUACUACGGCGGAGGCGGCGCCGCCGCCGCCGGGCACGGCCAACACGGCUACCUCCAGGCGUGCGACCUGUACGGCGGCCCGGCCGCGCCGUCGCUCGUGACCGCCGCCGACGAGGAGGCGGCCGCGGCCGCGGCCGCCAUGGCGAGCUGGGUGGCCGCGCGCGGCGCCGCCACCGCGUACGCCACGGGCGCCGCCGACGCGAACGCCGCCGAGAACGUCCUCCCCUCCGCCACCGCCGCGCAGCACCUGCACCACCCGCUCGCCCUGUCCAUGAGCUCCGGCUCCCUCUCCAGCUGCAUCACCGCCGGCGAGUACGGCAUGGCGGCCGUGGCAGCCGCCGACGGUGGCCGCAAGCGCGGCGGCGCCGGCGGCGGCGGGCAGAAGCAGCCGGUGCACCACCGCAAGUCCAUCGACACGUUCGGUCAGAGGACGUCGCAGUACAGAGGCGUCACCAGCAGGCAUAGGUGGACUGGGCGAUAUGAGGCGCACCUGUGGGACAACAGCUGCAAGAAGGAAGGCCAGACCAGGAAAGGGAGGCAAGUUUAUCUCGGUGGGUAUGACAUGGAGGAGAAAGCGGCGAGAGCGUAUGACCUGGCGGCGCUCAAGUAUUGGGGCCCUUCCACACACAUCAACUUCCCGCUGGAGGACUACCAGGAGGAGCUGGAGGAGAUGAAGAACAUGACAAGGCAGGAGUAUGUGGCUCACUUAAGGAGGAAAAGUAGCGGUUUCUCACGGGGAGCUUCCAUGUACCGUGGUGUCACAAGGCAUCAUCAGCACGGACGGUGGCAGGCACGCAUCGGCCGAGUCUCCGGCAACAAGGACCUCUACCUCGGCACUUUCAGCACGCAGGAGGAGGCGGCGGAGGCGUACGACGUGGCGGCGAUCAAGUUCCGGGGGCUCAACGCCGUCACCAACUUCGACAUCACCCGCUACGACGUCGACAAGAUCAUGGCCAGCAACACCCUCCUCCCCGCCGACCUCGCCCGCCGCAACGCCGCCACCACCACCUCCAAGGACGACCACUCCGCCGCCGGCGCCGGCGCCAUUGUCUCGGUGCACUCCGCCGCCGACAUCGCCGUCGCCGACACCCUCUGGAAGGCCACCACUGCCCCGAGGCAGCAGCAGCAGCACCACGACGACGUCGUGCUGUCCGGCGCCGACCAGGCCGCAUUCUCCGUCCUCCACGACCUCGUCGCCGUCGACGCCGCGGCGGCGCACCAGCAGCAGCAGCAGCAGCAGCACAUGUCCAUGUCGGCGGCGUCGUCGCUGGUGACGAGCCUGAGCAACUCGCGCGAGGGGAGCCCCGACCGCGGCGGCGGCCUCUCCAUGCUCUUCGCCAAGCCGUCGCCCGCCGUGGCGGCGUCGGCGCAGCAGCAGGCGUCGACCAAGCUCAUGGCGGCGCCGCUGCCGCUCGGCUCCUGGGUCUCCUCGCCGCCGGCGUCUGCCAGGCCGCCCGCCGUCUCCAUCGCCCACAUGCCCCUCUUCGCCGCCUGGACCGACGCCUAAUCACCCUCGCCGCCAUGGCUCACCGGAGUAGUAAUUAGCUAGCUAUAGCUAGAGCUAGGCAACGACGACGACGACACUAGCUUAAUUAGCUCGUGUUUAGUUGGUUAAUUUAGGGUUCUUGGUUGCUCGGCGACAUGAUUAGCUAAGCUAGCGAUGUAGUAGUAGCACUAGCAGCUAGUUGGAGUAUUAAUUAGUAUCACUCAAGGCGAGGAAACCGACGCACGCCAUGGCCGCGGCCUCUCCCCCACCUUUCCUUCUUCUCCGGCGACGGCCGGCCGCCAUGUAUCAGAGAGCUCGAUCGGCGCCGGAGAAGAAGGGUUUUUGUAACACGGAGGCCGGAGAUCUAUCGAGGCGGUGCUUCUCCUCCAAAAUCCAAAACUAUAUAUCUUAUAUUAAUUAA